AAAAGAAGGGGGAGGCUAAAUUGGGACUACGUGGGUUGACUUUGCUAGACUUUUCUACAUCUUCCUGCUGCUACUAGCUCUGGCUGUUCCUCUUGUGAAACUGAGGAUGAACUUGAAACCUGCCUGGCUGCUGCUUCUGUUCAUCUCUACAGCGGUGUGGUCCGUUCCCAUCGACCGAAAUGACGCCGAGCAGGACCAGAAGCAGGAAGCACAGGAGGAGAACAUGGACACGGGUCUGUACUACGACCGGUAUCUCAGGGAGGUGAUUGAGGUUUUGGAGACUGACCCGCACUUCAGAGAGAAACUGCAGACAGCAAACACCGAGGACAUCAAGAAUGGGCGUCUCAGUAAGGAGCUGGACCUGGUUGGCCAUCAUGUCCGGACCCGGCUGGACGAGCUGAAGCGGCAGGAAGUUUCUCGCCUCAGAAUGCUGCUGAAGGCCAAACUGGACAGCGCCAACACACAGAGUCUGCAGAUGGAUCACGCCUCGUUGCUGAAGCAGUUUGAACACCUGGACCCACACAACCAAAACACCUUUGAGGCCAAAGACCUGGAGCUGCUCAUCUCCACCGCCACUAAGGACUUGGAGAACUACGACGCGGAGAGGCACGAGGAGUUCAAGCGCUACGAGAUGCUGAAGGAGCACGAGAGGCGGGAGUACCUGAAGGGCCUGGAACAGGAGAAGAGGGAGAAGGAGGAGAAACGACUGCAGGAGCUGAAGGAGAAACACCGGCAGCAUCCUAAAGUCAACGCUCCGGGCAGCGUUGCUCAGUUACGGGAGGUUUGGGAGGAAACGGAUGGACUGGAUCCUAAAGAGUUCAACCCCAAAACUUUCUUCAAACUACAUGACACAAAUGAAGACGGGGUUUUAGAUGAGCAGGAGUUAGAGGCUCUUUUCACCAAAGAGCUGGAGAAAGUCUACGACCCAAAGAACGAGGAAGACGACAUGAUGGAGAUGGAGGAAGAGAGGCUGAGGAUGAGGGAGCAUGUCAUAAAAAAUGUGGAUUUAAAUAAAGAUCGACUCGUCAGCCUGGAGGAGUUCCUCAAAUCCACGGAGAAGAAGGAGUUCAGUAAUCCCAAAGAGUGGGAGACACUGGACGCUAAACCGCUGUACACCGAGGAAGAGCUGCAGCGAUUCGAAGCCGAGCUGAGGGACAAGGAGGAGGAGCUAAAGAGGAAAGCGGAGACUCUUCGUCAAGAGCAGGAGCUGCUGAAGGAAAGAGGCAAAGCCCUGGAGGCACAGAAAAGAGAGUAUCAACAGGCUGUUUUAGAAAUGUCCCAGAGACAGAAAGAGCAGCAGAAAGCCGGCAACGGGCAGCUGCCUGCUGGUCCGAAUGGACAGCUGCAGUUUCAACCACAAACACACAAACCUGAAGCAGAGAUCAAGGCUCCUGCGGAAGCCCAAAACAACCUGCCUGCAGAACCUCCUCAAAAUCUCCCCAUGCACACUUAGAACAGCGCCCGCAGUCAGCCUCACGGCACAUACACACACCUACAGGCACAUGUGUUUGAGUGAAUUUGGAAAUAAAUAAGAUACAUGUUUAUAAAUUGAGGCAACCCAUAACAUGUCGUGCUGUGUGUUCAUCUCUGUGGUCUAUAUUAGAUUAAGGAUUUAAAACACACCAGAUUUUAGUGCAUGUACGUUCAGGUUUCUUCAGUUUCUGUGAAGUUUUUAUUUCAUGCAAUGUUGUCUGUGUGAUAUCAGAAAUAAAUCUUUAAUUUUCAAAUCUCCAAA